UACCUAUAUGGAGUUAUUGGUGAAAGGUAUAAUACUGAUGUAUCUGCUAAUCCUGCCUAUGGUAUUACUGAAAAAUCUGGUGUCUCUGCUAUUCCUGCUUAUGGUUUUAAUACUGGAGGAAUAGAAAGUAUCAAUGAAGAAUCAUUAGUGUAUGAUGAACCAAGAACAAUGUAUCAUGAACAAGAGAGCUGGGUGUGGUUCACAGAAUUUCUAAACUCUCGAAGAAAUGUCUUCCUAUCUUCUCGAUCUUCUAUUAGUAAUACUGCUGUGCUUCAUGAGUAAUGGAAUAUUACUGGAGGUUAAUAGAGAGUCUUGUACUGAAGGAUUUAUGGAUUAUAGUCUUCUACAGGGUAAAGCAACAAAUCCAUCAGGAUCACGUAAUAACAGACUAACUGAAAGCACUGCGACAAGAUGGAUUAUUAUUGAGGAUCAAGAAGAUGAGAACUUUAUGAAGAGAGAUAUCAUGUUUACUUGUGCUACAGUUGUACUAGAAAUAUUGAUUGGAGUUGAUAUAAGGACAGUUAAUGAUACUGUUGGUAGAAAUUUAUAUCCAAGAUUUGAAGUAUGGGCUCCAACUAAUGAUGAUGAUGUGUACACUAGAGUGAUGUCUGUUGAAAUCAGACUGACUCCUGAUAACUUUACAACUAAUGGACAGUAUCGUUUCACUCUCCCUACUCCAUUAAAUGUCUCCAGUGGAUACAGGAUUGGUGUAUAUCAACCUCCUGAUGACAGAAGUGUUGUUAGAUUUCAUUAUGUUGACCUGCCUGGUGGUAUUCAUGGAGCAGGAAAAGUAAAAUCAGGUAGAAUUAAUGAUACUAACAUUACAAUAGCAGGAGGAGGUAAAAACGUUCACCACAAAACAUGGAAUAUAUUAAUAUACCCAAUAGCUCAGAAUACAAGUUGCUUCACACAACCUAUGCCUGAAAAUAUAGCUAACUUUAUAAGCUUGAUUACUGAUUCAUAUUAUGUUUCUGAUACUAGAAUAUUUCCUGAUAUAAGGUUCACAUGUCAUGGUAUCAUUACUAACUGGAUAGUUUAUGUUCCUGAUCAAGCUAUGCCAGUAAUUAAAAUAGGACAUUCAAAUAAUCUCACUACUACAGCAGCAACAUUGAACACUAGUGCUAGUAAUGCUGUUAUCAUAACUUCUCUUCUAUAUAAUUUUACUAUGAGCAAUGAGAUAACAGUUCAACCUGGUGAUAUACUGAUGAUUGAAGGUAAUGCUACACAUCAGAUGUUCUAUCAACAAUACAAUGGACCACACAAUUACAAACUGGGGGACAACAAUGAGUUAAUUGCAUUAGACAACAAUGACUAUCCACUCAUCUCAGUUGUAGUAGAUCCCACAUCAGUAAUUACCACUGGUACACCUAAUUACAUUACAGCAUCAACCAUAUCCUCAAUAGCUACAUCAGAUACCACUUCAUCUAGUAGUAGAAUGGCAAUGUAUACUACUUCCUCACUAAGCACUACAGUGACUUCAACACCAUCAGAACAAGGCAAUGCAGGAAAUGGUUUAUCUACAAUACUAAUAGCAGCUAUUAGUGCAGUCAUUGUACUACUGGUAGUUACUAUACUAGUAAUAUUGAUUGUCAGUGUGGUGCUGUUUAGAAAAAAGAGGAAAUUAUCACUACCUAUAUCAUCUACUAGGAAUGAUAGUAAUAGUAGUCAUGUUUAUACUGAUGUUAGUAGUACUGGGAAUGAUAAAGGAAGACUUGGUGCUGUAAACAAUCCAAACUAUCAACUACAAGUUUUAUAUGAUGAAGCAAAACCUACAUUGAAUGUACAUGAUGAUAUGAUUGCUAAUGCUAGCUAUGAACCUGCUACUGUCAGAGGAAUAGAAAGUGCUAAUUCAGUACCAGUAUACGAGGAUCCAACUGUAACCAAAAAUAGAAAACAAGAAGUACAUAAAUAAACACACUCUAUAAAUUAACAAACACAAUAAGAUCAAAGCACACAGACAUACAUGCAGUGUUAUUUAGAAUCAUUGUG